AAUAUUAGCGAAAAAAAUUCGUAGGGUUGGCAUCGCUGCGUGUUGCGGCUGUCAUUUUUCGUUGUCAGUGAAAGAAGGUUGGCAUUCGACGGAAUACGGAAGGCUUUGUCACGGUUACUUGAAAUACGUACUAGUUUUUGUCCAGAAAAUAGAAACAAAUCAACAAAAUGGAGAUUGAUGAGGAAGAGUUCGAGCAGCCAACCUCCAGCAGCAGUCGCGGAGAGCGGAAACGAUUCGAAGUGAAAAAAUGGAAUGCCGUCGCUUUGUGGGCCUGGGAUAUUGUGGUAGAUAAUUGCGCUAUUUGUCGUAAUCACAUCAUGGACUUGUGCAUCGAGUGCCAGGCCAAUCAAGCCUCGGCAACCAGCGAGGAGUGCACCGUCGCCUGGGGUGUAUGCAAUCAUGCAUUCCACUUUCACUGUAUUUCGAGGUGGCUGAAAACCCGACAGGUAUGUCCUUUGGAUAAUAGAGAAUGGGAGUUCCAGAAGUAUGGGCAUUAGAUUCCGCUGUAUGAAAAUUAUAUUACUUCACCCGCGAAAGGUUCUCAGUUCGGAGUUGGACAAUACAUAAGCUGGCAGUAUAUUUUGUUGCUGAAAACCCCCAUCUGUGAGACAAAUGACUCAUUUUAACAGAAUAUAUUCAUCAAUUCAUUGAAACGUGUGUUGCUGCCUUAUUUCGAACGAUAGGCUCUUUACAAAAUUCUGAUUUCCUAAAUCCCAAUAAAAUUAGAAACGUAUUAAA